GAUCUGACACAUAUUCAGCCUCUCUAGAGUCAAGCACACAUACACACCUUUAACCUGCACCUUUAACAAGCACACACGCACAAACACACUCACACACACACAAACACAGAUGACCUGUUACUGUUAUCACAUACUCGUGAGCAGCUCUCAGCUAAGUUAGGAUGAUUGAGUCCAGUCAUUCCAUCUAUUCCAUCUUCUGCUGCUGUUGUUCUGUAGAGUCCCGCACCAGCACACGUUUGGAUCUGAAUUCCAGAGAUGGACACAACUCUUCAUCCUACACACACAGACCGGAACGCUCGAUGAAGAAGCUCCCUCCACCUCCUCCGGUGAGUGAUGCUGCGGAGCAGGUGAUGGUGGUAGCUCUGUACGAUUUCACAGCAUGUGAGAGUUCAGACCUCAACCUGAGGAGAGGAGAGGAGUACAGGAUCCUCCACAAACAGGACCAGCUGUGGUGGAGAGCAGAGGACCAACAUGGGAACAAAGGCUUCAUCCCGAGUAACUAUGUCACGGAAAAACACAACAUAGAGGCAAACGAGUGGUACUGCAAGAGCAUUAACAGGUCUGAAGCUGAAAAUAUGCUAAAACGGGAGGAUAAAAAUGGUGGUUUCAUUGUAAGAGAGUCCAGCCAGCCAAAUCGCUACACAGUGUCUGUCUAUGCCAAGGUCAAACGGGAUAGCCUGGGAGAUGUGAAACAUUAUCAGAUAAAACAGACGGAAGGGGGAAAGUUCUUUCUGGCUGAGAAUUACAUCUUCGGCUCCAUUCCUGAGAUGAUUAAUUACCACAAACACAACGCCGCAGGUCUUGUAACGAGAUUGCGUUAUCCUGUUGGACCAAUGGAACAGUGUAUCCCUACUACUGCGGGAUUUAGCUCAGAUAAGUGGGAGAUUGACCCGAGUGAGCUGACCUUCAUGAAGGAGCUGGGGAGCGGAGAAUUCGGAGUGGUGCGACUGGGAAAAUGGAGAGAGCAGCACACGGUGGCCAUUAAAGCCAUCAGAGAGGGAGCCAUGAGUGAAGAGGACUUUAUAGAGGAGGCAAAAGUGAUGAUGAGACUGUGUCACCCUAAGCUGGUACAGAUCUACGGUGUGUGUACGAUGCAGCAUCCGAUCUGCAUUGUGCUGGAGUUCAUGGAGAACGGCAGUCUGCUGCAGGUACUGCGUCACCAUGGCAACAGUCUGGAGUGUGUGCGGCUGUUGGCCAUGUGCCAGGACGUGUGUGAGGGCAUGCAGUACCUUGAACACAACAACUUCAUACACAGAGACCUGGCUGCGAGGAACUGUAUGGUGAACGAAAAGAAUGUGGUGAAAGUCUGUGAUUUUGGCAUGGCAAGGUAUGUGUUGGAUGAUCAGUACACGAGCUCGUUGGGCUCCAGGUUCCCAGUGAAAUGGUCUCCACCUGAAGUUCUGCACUACAACAAGUUCAGCAGCAAAUCUGACGUCUGGUCCUUUGGUGUGUUAAUGUGGGAGGUGUUCUCUGAAGGACGCACUCCGUUUGGGAAUCGGCCGAACCCUGAAGUAGUGGACGAGGUGACGCAGGGAGUGCGACUGUACAAACCGCACAAAGCACCAACAAACAUCUACAAAAUCAUGUACAAGUGCUGGCAUGAGAGGCCUCAGGGUCGGCCCUCGUUCUCCAACCUGCUGCAGAGCAUUAAAGACAUCAGUGAGGAAACACAAACAACAACAACACAAACUGCGUAAUAACACACCACACACCACCACAGCUGCACACCAAUGCAGCUACACACCAGUGACUGUAUAUACGAGUGGACAGCAGGGGGUCAUUCAUUCCCAUUGUGUGAGUUUGAUGCCGGUGUGGUGGAAAAGAACGUCACCAUCUUGUGAAAAUUAGAGCUGGAGCGUGAGCAGUAGUUACAGCCAGGUGAACAGUAGCUCCGCCCCUCGCCCCGCCCACACUGCUGACGAUCACAGUACUUGCUCACGUCUAUGAACAUCGGCUAACUCGAAAUGACGAGUACAGCGUUAUUAAUUAAAAUAUAAAUUCUAUGAUUUUUUCAGGUAUUCUACAUUUGACCGUAAAACAUUUUAGAGCUUGUCCUGACUGACUGAGCUACUAUUUGCUGACAUUAUCCAUCAUUUUAAUUCAAGUAUUGUAAAUAUAAGUAGCGCAUGUAAAGAACUGAGAAUAUAAACAGCAGUCAGCAUUUACAUGUUUAAAAAGGACAGACUGGCUAACCUUACCAAACUACUACGAGUGCUAGCUAAAGUCGUACAGUCAGUAAAUUGUUGUGAAACGUAGCUGAGGGUCUGUUAGAACAGUUUACUGCAGAACAGGACACAACUUAUGGCUACACUGCAAAUAUAUAAUGUUUAAAAUGCAUAAAAUGAAUUUUGCUGGACUGUAAUCUCAGUAAGAGCUUCAGCUGAGUCUUGGAAAGUGUGUGUGUGUGUGUGUGUGCGUGUAAACUGUCAAUCACCUCAUUAACCACGCCCUUUUAUUGAUCACUAAAUAACUCCUAUACAACGCAUUUAUACGCAUAAGAAGAAAUAGUGGAGGGAGCUAUCCACUGAACUGAAACGACAGAACACUAUUCCCUACAAUAAUUUGCAGAAAUGUAACUUAAAAUGGCUCAUUUUCCGUUCACUAACAUGGGAAUGGGCGGGGCUACAGUGGGCGGAGUUAUAUAUUGUACUGUCCACAGUAAUAACAACAGUAUUAUUGUUUCAGAUUGUAUAAAUGUCAAAAUAUUAGAUUUAUCUGUAUAUAAUAUAUAUUUUUGUAAUAAACAGAAU